UUCUUUUUAUUGUUAUGUCAAUUUUUUCCAUGUCAGCUUAUUUAAUUUCAAACCCAAUUAUCUGGAACCGCAUCAUGUUGUUAACGUUUUGGAGUGCAUUUUGUGUGAUCGAUGUUUUAUACAUUUGUAAUCAGUGCUACACAACUGUUGAAGAGGCUAAAAGAACUAAAAAAAUUAUUCAUAAAGUUCAAAGUGAGAAUAUUGCCGUCAUGGAUGUUAUCGACAUGUUUUCACAGCAAAUAGAAAGUCACAAAAUAAGUUUCACGGCAGCAGGAUUUUUCCCAAUUGAUCAUACUUUACUUUUCACAAUUGUUGGUGGCGUUACUACCUACUUCAUAAUAAUGAUUCAGUUAUCGUCGUCUUUGUUGUCAAACCCAAAAAAUUAGUAAAACAGAAUAAACAGCUAAUUUCACAUAUGAUUAGAAAAUAAAUAAUUCAAAUGUAUUGAUUGUGAUUAAUUUAAAUACAUUA